AUUAUGAAGCUGCGGCAUAUGUUGCUGAAAGACCAGAACUUUUAAAAAUUGCAGUACAAAUGGCUCAGUAUGAUGGCCUUAAAGUGUCAGACAAUAAAGAAAAAACCACAGUUCUUACUCAACUAAAAUCAGUGAAAUACCAGACCUUUUUAAAAUGCAUGUUUUUUAGAAUGCGACAUCUUACAACACCAAUAAUUCUUAAAUGUAUCAAAUUAUGCUUUCCAUCCAAAAAAUUUUCUUAUAAAGACUUAUCUGUUUUAAAAGAUGCUGCCAAUGCGGCAUAUCAAUUCUAUAGAGAAGCACUUCGAAGUGGCCUCAGAAAAAUUGCUCACUAUUUUAUUAAUGAUUUUAAGUAA